AUGUUUAAUAAAGCAUCGUUUUCGGUAUAUUCGAGGGGUGUCGACUAUAAUUUACUGAAAAAUUUUCGAACAGGGGGUCAAUACCUUAAUUGUAACAAUUCCUAUAUUGGAAAAGUUUAUACAAAUAGUUUUUCCAGAGAAUUAUCAAGAUAUAACAAUGUUCAUACAACUGCCAAAAAAUCGAUAUCGAAUCCUGGAUUAUCUAAUAUCAGUAACAAUGAAACUAUUCCAAUAUCAUCUUCCAAAUUGCCACCACCAUCAAAUGUCAAUUUCGAAAACCAGAAUAACAGCAUUGAUGCUGCAUCAACAAUACCCUCGAAUAAGAAAAGUUCCAAUCCACCACUAGCAUUCCCAUGUAUCGAUAAAAUGGCAACACGUACCCGAUCCCUAGACGGAGGUCCGGAACCAGCAUACGAAAAAGUAGUGACCGGAUAUUCAGUUUAUCACCAUGCCUUGCCAUUCCUUUGUGAUUAUGGUGGAGUAUUGCCGAAACUUGAUAUUGCUUAUGAGACAUGGGGAGAGUUGAAUAGUCGAAAGGAUAAUGUGAUUUUAUUGCAUACCGGUUUGUCAGCGAGUAGCCAUGCAAAAAGUCAUGAAUUGAAUGUUAAUGCUGGAUGGUGGGAGAACUUUAUAGGGCCUGGUCUUUCGAUCGAUACCAACAAAUUUUUUGUGAUUUGUACAAAUGUAAUCGGCGGUUGCUACGGUUCAACUGGUCCCGGUUCGAUCGAUCCAUCUAAUCAAGAGAGAUACGCCACGCGAUUCCCAUUAUUAACUAUUUUUGAUAUGGUGCGCGCACAAUUUUUGCUAUUAGAUCAUCUGGGUGUGAAUAAAUUGUAUGCUAGCGUUGGUAGUAGUAUGGGUGGAAUGCAGUCAUUAGCAGCCGCGUAUUUAUACCCGGAUCGAGUGUCUCGUUUAAUUAGUAUUUCUGCAUGCGCUAGGUCUCAUCCAUACGCUAUCGCUAUGCGACAUACCCAACGACAAGUCUUAAUGGCUGAUCCAAAUUGGAAUAAAGGUUUCUACUAUAAUAAAAUUCCGCCUCACACGGGGAUGAAGCUCGCUCGUGAGAUUGCCACAAUCAGUUAUCGAUCUGGCCCAGAAUGGGAGCAAAGAUUUGGACGAAAACGUGCUAAUGAAGAUGAGUUACCCGCUUUAUGUCCAGAUUUUUUGAUUGAAACUUAUCUGGAUCAUCAGGGUGAAAGAUGGUGUUUACAAUAUGAUCCAAAUUCACUCUUAUAUAUCUCCAAAGCGAUGGAUUUAUUCGACAUGUAUUCCACAUCAUUAGAACGACUAAAACGACAAAGAGAAAUACCUUUGUCAACACCACCACAACACAGCAACCCAAAUUAUCGUCGACGACAAAAACAUCUCUCCUCGCUGUACACCGCAGACACCGAAGAACUUGAUGACCUCGUAAAAGGGUUAUCUUCCAUUCAAAUUCCCGCGUUGGUUCUCGGCGUACAAUCCGAUAUUCUGUUUCCUUACUGGCAACAGAAAGAAGUUGCCGAGUGCUUACGAAUGGGUGGAAAUAAGAAUGUCACCUAUUAUGAGUUGGAUUCGAUGUAUGGUCAUGAUACUUUUUUAAUUGAUUUGACGAAUAUUGGGAGUGCAGUGAAGGGGCACUUGGAAUUAGGUGGUUAG